GUCACCAGAAGUAGUGGAAAAUAAAGCUGAGCGUGUGAGGCGCUGAACUUAGGGGGAAGGAGCGGAGCUGGCAGAAAGCGCCGGGAGAUUCCUGCUCUCUCUCUCUCUCUCUCUGGAGCUGCUUUCCAAUCCAGGCUCCGGCAUGAAGCCGCUUCUAACUUACAUUCUGUUGGGGCUGCAUCUUUCCCUGGGAGUCAGAGGACAGACAUUCGCAGGAAGCUGUUCCUUUGAUGAACCAUUCAGUGAUUGUGGGUACACCCAGGGAAUGGAAGAUAGUGACCUUGAGUGGGAGCAAAUCAACACAAUGGUGAAGCCUUCCAUGGAUCCAUGGAUGCCAACAGGGUCCUUUAUGGUGGUUAACACCUCUGGACAACAGCCAGGACAAAAAGCCCAUCUGCUGCUGUUGAAACUGAAAGAGAAUGACACACACUGCAUUGAUUUCCAUUACUUUUUAACUGGGAAGGACGGGGCCAGCUCUGGGAUAUUAAACGUUUACGUGAAGGUCAAUGAUGGCCCCCUGGGUAACCCAAUCUGGAAUGUGUCUGGAAUGACAACAAGAAGCUGGAACAGAGCCGAGUUGGCCAUAAGUACGUUCUGGCCUAAUUUCUAUCAGGUUAUAUUUGAAGCAGUGACAUCAGGCCAGCCUGGGUACAUCGCCAUUGAUGAAGUGAAAAUCCAAGGACACCCAUGCACCAAAUCUCCUCAUUUCCGCCGCCUGCAGAAUGUAGAAGUUAAUGCCGGGCAGAAUGCGACUUUCCAAUGCAUGGCCAAUGGACAGACAACAUUCUCUGACAAACUGUGGCUACAGCGACUCAGUGGGAAGGACACUCCCAUGAAGGAGACCAAGGUGUUCAACUACCGUCGAUUUGUAGCAACUUUCAACGUAGCUAACACUGUACGGAGUGACACGGACCACUAUCGCUGUGUGAUUGAAUCCGAGGGAGGUGCCGGCGUUUCCAACUAUGCCGAGUUAGUUGUGAAAGAUCCACCGACUCCAAUAGCUCCUCCGCAGCUUAAUUCUGUUGGCGCUACAUAUUUAUGGAUCCAGCUAAAUGCAAAUUCCAUUAGUGGCGAUGGUCCUAUCAUCCAGCGGGACAUUGAUUACCGCAGCACGAGUGGGAGCUGGACAGACAUACAGCCAGUGGACAGCCAUCAGUACAAAAUCGGUCAUUUGGAUCCUGAUACCGAAUAUGAAAUCCGAGUACUUCUCACCCGCCCCGGAGAAGGUGGGAGGGGAAGUCCUGGCCCUCCUCUUAUAAUGAGGACAAAGUGUGGAGAUCCCAUGCACGGGCCGAGGAAUAUAGAAGUUGUGAAGAUCAAGUCCAGACAAAUUACAAUCCGCUGGGAGCCUUUCGGCUAUAAUGUGACGCGCUGCCACAGCUUUAACCUUACUGCUCAAUACCGGUAUGCAGUGGGAGGUCAAGAGCAUGUGGGUGAAGAAGUCUGCCAGGACACAGGGCACAUUCAACCGCAAUAUACCCUGCGUGGUCUGCCACCUUACACUAAUGUAAGUGUAAAACUGGUCCUAAUGAACUCAGAAGGAAGAAAGGAAAGUGAUGAGCUUGUGAUCCAGACAGAUGAAGACGUGCCCGGUGCAAUCCCCAUAGACUCAGUUCAAGGAAGCACCUUCGAGGAGAAGUUAUAUCUACAGUGGAAGGAGCCAACAGAAACAUUUGGUAUUAUUACACUUUACAAGGUUUCCUACAACGGCAUCGGUUCCUUUGAUCCUGAAAUUGACUUAUCAAACCAAAGUGGCCGAGUGUUCAAGCUGGGAAACGAGACCCACCAUCUGUUUGUGGGUUUAUACCCAGGGACCACCUAUUCGUUCACCAUCAGGGCCAGCACUGUCAAGGGUUAUGGACACCCUGUCACCAAACAGUUUACCACAAAGAUAUCAGCACCAUCCAUGCCAGCAUAUGAGUAUGACGCACCAUUGAACCAGACUGACAGCACAGUGACUGUUCUGCUGAAGCCUGCUCAGAGCAGAGGAGCUCCAGUCAGUGUCUAUCAGGUCAUUGUAGAAGAGGAACGCCCACGCCGAAGCAAGAAGGCCACGGAUGUCCUGGACUGCUACUUUGUCCCCAUCACCUACCAAAAUGCCUCAAUUUCAGACUCCCCUCAUUACUUUGCUGCUGAAUUUCCACCAGAUGCUCUUCAAAUAGCUCAACCAUUUACUGUUGGAGAUAACAAGACAUACAGUGGCUACUGGAAUGCUCCCCUACUCCCUCAUAAGAGUUACAGCAUUUAUUUCCAAGCAGUUAGCAAAGCCAAUGGGGAAACCAAAAUUGACUGCGUCAGGGUGGCCACAAAAGCUGCGAUAAUUGUGACUCAGCUUACAACACCAUACAUUCGCAUCGCCCCUGCUGCAGGCGACAACCAACAAACAGGAGGUGCAACUCGCAAACCAAGCGCUGAAGAACCAGAAAAGCAGACAGACCACACUGUAAAAAUCGCUGGGGUUAUCGCUGGAAUUCUCCUGUUUGUCAUCAUUUUCCUUGGUGUUGUUUUGGUCAUGAAAAAAAGAAGAAGCUCCCAGUCCUACACUUAUUAUCUGAAACUUGCAAAGAAGCGGAAGGAUACUCUGAGCAGCACCCGACAGGAAAUGACCGUGAUGGUAAAUUCAAUGGACAAAAGUUUUACUGAACAAGGUACUAACUGUGAUGAAGCUUUCUCCUUCAUGGAUACACACAAUCUGAAUGGGAGAGCCAUGUCCUCACCAUCUUCAUUCACUGUGAAAACAAAUACACUGAAGAGUCCAUCUAUACAGAAUUCCUACUACCCAGAUCCAUUCGUGCCAACUGCAAUAUUAGAUGAAAAUCACACAGUCACCAGUGAGGCCAGUAACCUGGGGAAGCCACAUCCCUAUAAGAAGCGAGAGCCUGUGGAUGUACCGUAUCAAACUGGGCAGCUUCAUCCAGCCAUACGGGUGGCAGACCUGCUGCAGCAUAUUACCCAGAUGAAAUGUGCUGAAGGCUAUGGAUUCAAAGAGGAAUAUGAGAGUUUUUAUGAAGGACAGUCCGCCCCAUGGGAUUCUGCCAAGAAAGAUGAAAACAGGAUGAAGAAUAGAUAUGGGAAUAUCAUUGCUUAUGAUCAUUCUCGGGUCAGGCUGCAACCAUUGGAGGGAGAUUCAAACUCUGAUUAUAUUAAUGCAAACUAUGUGGAAGGCUAUCACAGACCAAACCACUAUAUUGCUACACAAGGGCCAAUGCAAGAAACUGUCUACGAUUUUUGGAGGAUGAUCUGGCAAGAAAAUUCAGCCACCAUCGUCAUGGUGACAAACUUGGUGGAAGUUGGAAGAGUGAAGUGCUGCAAGUAUUGGCCUGAUGACACUGAAAUUUAUGGAGACAUUAAAGUAACACUUAUUGAGACGGAGCUGCUGGCUGAAUAUGUGAUAAGGACAUUUGCAGUAGAGAAGAGAGGAGCUCAUGAGAUUCGAGAGAUUAGACAGCUCCACUUCACUGGAUGGCCAGACCAUGGUGUUCCAUACCAUGCUACCGGACUACUGGGCUUUGUGCGACGAGUAAAGACAAAAAAUCCAGCAGGUGCUGGCCCGAUCGUGGUGCAUUGCAGUGCUGGAGCAGGAAGAACAGGCUGCUUUAUGGUUAUUGACAUCAUGUUGGACAUGGCGGAAAGAGAAGGGGUUGUCGAUAUCUACAACUGUGUCAGAGAACUCCGCUCACGUAGGGUCAACAUGGUCCAGACAGAGGAGCAGUAUGUAUUCAUCCAUGACGCUAUCCUGGAGGCCUGUUUGUGUGGAGAUACAGCAAUUCCAGCCUCUCAGCUCAGGUCUGCAUAUUAUGAGAUGAAUAAACUGGAGCCACAGACUAACUCCUCUCAAAUAAAGGAGGAAUAUAGGACUCUUAACAUGGUGACCCCAACCCUACGAGUGGAGGACUGCAGUAUAGCACUUCUACCCCGAAACCAUGAGAAGAAUCGGUGCAUGGAUGUCCUUCCACCAGACAGAUGCCUCCCAUUCCUGAUCACAAUAGAUGGUGAAAGUAGCAACUACAUCAAUGCUGCCCUAAUGGAUAGUUACAAGCAACCUUCAGCUUUUAUUGUUACUCAACAUCCCUUACCAAACACUGUGAAGGACUUCUGGAGACUUGUAUUAGAUUACCACUGUACUUCAAUCGUCAUGCUCAAUGAUAUGGACCCUGCACAGCUGUGCCCCCAGUACUGGCCAGAAAAUGGUGUCCAUCGGCACGGACCCCUGCAGGUGGAGUUUGUGUCUGCUGACUUGGAGGAAGAUAUUAUCAGCAGAAUAUUCCGAAUUUACAAUGCAGCCCGACCUCAGGAUGGCUACCGAAUGGUUCAGCAGUUCCAGUUCCUUGGCUGGCCUAUGUACCGUGACAACCCUGUCUCGAAGCGUUCCUUCCUGAAACUCAUCAGGCAGGUGGAGAAGUGGCAGGAGGAAUAUGAUGGUGGAGAGGGACGCACCGUUGUACAUUGUCUGAAUGGUGGAGGACGCAGUGGAGCUUUCUGUGCAAUCAGUAUCGUGUGUGAGAUGCUCCGACACCAGCGGGCAGUUGAUGUGUUCCAUGCUGUGAAGACACUGAGAAACAACAAGCCCAAUAUGGUGGACCUGCUGGAACAGUAUAAGUUCUGCUAUGAAGUGGCAAUUGAGUGCUUGAAUUCCGGUUGAUGCAAGAUCCAUGACAUCUCUUGAGGUCCCUCCCGUCCACAUCCAGAAAACAAUGCACAGACUUCGGGUAAACUAUGACAAGAGAGCUGUUUAUCAGCGGCCAUCAGUUCUACAAGCCAACACUUCUCUUUGUUUUUAAUCACAAACUGGGUCCGUUAUGGGACCUCAGAGAGAGACUGUAAAAAAAAUCUGCUUGCACUGCCAAACAUUUACUUUAAUCCAGCAGCUCUCCAUACUGCAGCUGUUUGAUAUUUAAAAAGAAAUUGAUAUUCAUAUUAAAUGUAUGCACAUUACUCAGAGCAUUGUUAGUUAGCUGGUGUAACUAAAGAGCACAAUUUUGUUUUAAUGCAAGAUAUUUUACUGGCAGUCCAGAGGAGUUGACUAAUAUCCAGGAGUGAAAAUUAGGAAUAGGCCAUUGACCUUCUCUGAUGUAUUUUUUUGGCUCUAAGUACAAUUUUCUAAAAGACUGUUCCAAACCUCGCCAGCAUUGUGUUUGUAUCCCAUCCAUCUCUCACUCACUGGUUUGGAGUCUCUCCAUUUUAUUGCCAUGUAAAAUUAUCUGAAAUAAUCUGCAAUCAAUGCAUUUGGUGCCAUUUUAUUCUGUUUAUGAAUACAUGAGCAAAGAAGUUGAGAUCUCGAACCAGUUUCUUCACAAUCUUCUGACUGCUUCUUUCUAUGUUCUGAUUUUCCUUUGUUAUUUUACACACUUAGAACAUCUUCAUUUCUCCUUCCAAUCUACAUCCACCUUCUGCAUUUUUUGAUUAUGUCUCUAUGAAGUAUUUUGGGGUGUUUCAUUACGUUAAAGCAAUUCCACAAUAGCACCACUUACUGAUACUGAGAAUAUAGGAACUAGAGCAGGGCAAUCAUUCUCAUCAAGCAUAUGUCACCAUGCAAUGAUACCAUGAUGAUUAGUAGCCUUGCUCCACUCCCUCGAUAGUCUGACCUAAUCAAUACUAUCAAUCUCAGUUGUAAGAAUGCUAAUCAACCCAGCAAUUGGCAGUGUUUUAAGAGAGUGAAUUUCAGAUUCCCACUGUUCUCUUGUAAACCAUUCCGCUCAAAGUUUAAGAAGUUAGGACUGCUUCAGGAGGAAAUUACUUCAGUCAAACAUUUGUGAAUUAUUGGAAUGCUUGACUCUAGUUAUUGUUUAAAGCUGGGAUAGACAAACAUCUAGUUUUUCAGGGAAUCAAAGGAUAUGGAAAAUGGGGAGAAAAGCGGAUUUGAAGACCAGCUACAAUUGUAUUAAAUGGUGAAGCGAUAUAGACUACUCCUGCUCCCAUUUUUCAGGUCUUGGUGUUUUAUUUUGAUUGAGAUAAUAUUUUCUCUUCUAGGUUCCCUAGCUAAAAGAAAUAAUUUCUCUCUUAAUUUAGCAAAGUUGCAAUGGACCAAAUGGCCUCAUGAGACAUAGGAGCAGAAGUAGGCCAUUCAGCCCAUUGAGUCUACAUAACCAUUCUCAACUAAUAAUCCUCAACUCGAUUCUUCUGCCUUUUUUUCCAUAACACUUGAUUCACUUAUUCAUUAAAAAUCUGCCUGUUGCAGCCUUGAAUCUCAGUACUGCAUAAAUCUUUGAUUCUAUCCAAGUGAAACCUUUUUUUAAAGAUCUCAAUCAGACCACUUCUCAAGUCUUCAAACUCAGCGGAAUAUAUAACAUGUGUAUACAAUUUGUUCUCAAAUGCCAAUCCUCAAAGCUCGAGGAUGAGUCUGGUGAAUCUGUCCUGUAUGUUUGUUGUUUGCUGCCCUAGACUGAACGCAGUAAUCCUGGUGGAGACCUGACGACAGUUUUUACAAAGGGAAGCACCAACUCCAAACUUUGAUAUCAAAGAAGAAAGACAAACAUUCUGAUUCUUAAUGCUAAAAGUGCCAGCAAUUUUGGCUGCAAGAGUGGUAACUUGUAUUGAGGUGAUGGCACAGUGCGCCUCUAAUACUGAUAGGUGCACUAGUGUUUCAUUGACAGAUCUGCACAACAGCUGCUGGAAGAGGAAGGCGCUAGUUAGUAGUAUCACCCAACAGUCAGUUACCCAAAGGAGGAAGCCUGACACAGGAUUGAGGCAGACAAUGAGAUCAAUGCAGUAAGUAGUCCCUAUGGAGCCGCUGGCUUAAGUUUCGCGAGGUUGGGUGCUGCUGGCAUAGUGAUAGCCUCACUGUACUGCUAACCCAGUACUGCCAGGCUAAUAUCUUACGGAUGUGGGUUCAGAAUUUCUCAAAUUAAGAUACCGUCCAAUUAAAACUUAUUGAAGCCUACAAGAUUCUUGGGGGCCUUGAAAGAAUAGUUGCAGUAAGGUUGCUUCUCCUUGUAGGAGAAUUUAGGAACAGAGGACAUAAUCUCAGAAUAGAGCACAUUAUAGACAGAGAAGAAGAGGAAUCUGCAAAGUACUUUACCGCAGACGCUGUUAAGGCUGGGUCAUUAAGAAUAAUCAAGGCUGAGAUGGACAGAUUUUUAAUUAGUAAGAGGUUCAAGGCUUAUGGAGAAAAGGCAAGAAAGUGGCAUUGAGCAUAUUGAGAUCAGUCCAGAUCUCAUUGAAUGGCAAGGCAGAAUGAUGGAUUGAAUGGUCUACUUCUGCUUCUAAAUUCUUUGUUUUCUACAUCGUUAUAUAUACCAAACUAGAAAACUACCAUAAGUAGGCCAUUAGCCUUGAAUAAAAUAAAAUCUUAAUGUUGAAAAACUCCUUACAGGACUAAAAAGGUUUUGAAUAUAGAGCCUUGAAAUGAAAACGCAAGCAGCUUCACCUUCCCAGUGGGCUUCUGAGCCCAAUACCAAACUAAGAUAGAAGCCUCCAAAUGCUGACUAAUCAUUCAUUGUAGUUUACCCCACAGCAGCCAGUUCAUGAUCAGAAUGUGGGCUUUCAAAGGUGGAGGCCCAUCAGAGACUUUCUAACUUGAACGUAGUGGCAGGAUGUAACAGACGUUGCAUCAGAAGAGGGGACGAUCUUAAAUGGAGGCACCCAUGCUUUUACCAAUGCAGCAACCUGGCUGCUGCCACUCGGGAGGAAAAUCUUAUUGGCUUCACUUUGUGGAACUUUGCGAAAGGACAUUAAGUGACCUGGGUUGGUCAUCCACUGCCCCGCAUCCCCUAACCCCAAUCUCUGCAGCUUGGCGUCUGUCACUCCAGGAGGGUGAAGUCAACAUGUAACCUGGUGUUGAUUGAUAUUGACAGGCCACCACCAUUCCCAACCUCCUGGGGCUUGAGAGUUGGGGACUAAAGUGUGCAGUCAAAUAUGACCCUGUGAUUACCCACAACUCACUGUCCAGCUGCUUAAAUUCCAGCGUACUAAAGCUCAGUGAGCAAUAUUGGUGAGUAAGAAUGAACUUCUUGAAGCCAGAUUGGCCCUAAAUCGCAAAUGGCCUCAAUGGUUACUCAUGACAAUCACCAAUUCCAUGGAUAAAAGUUGUUUAUUAUCCUAAGCUCGACAGCCAGCAUCCCUUCACUACUAUGAAAUUCUGGAUACCCUGAUGUACCAUAUCAUAAGUAAGCUAAUGAGAUGCCAAGAAUUUAAACAAAAGGGUAAUUCUCUUCCCUAGCUAACAAUUCCAUCACCCUCCCUGGCUGACGAUCUCAGGCUGAGAGAGCCUUCUGGUGGUGUUCUGAAUUCAGCUCCUACCCCGAUACCUGUUCGAUCACCAGAAUCAAUUCCCUCCAUCUCUGCAUCCCAUUUUCCACAAGUGAUAUUGAAAGCCUCAUCUCUGCUUUUGAAGCCUGAAGGAGGAUAGGGUGCCGUACUGGUAAUCUCACAUAGUUAGUAAUCGCAAGGGCCAGGCUAUCUGUGAAUUCAAAUCCCACAUUGACAAUUGGCCAAGUUCAAAUUACAUUAAUAAAAAGAAUCCAGUGCUAGUUCAUAUUAUCAUGACCAUGACAACUAUCACUGAUUGCUCCUGUUAAAACAUACGUUUACUAAUGCUCUUUAGGAAAGAAAACCUGCCAUUCUCACCUGGCCUAAAUGCAGGUCCAGACCCACAGCAAUGUGGUUGACUCUCAACUGCCCUCCAAAAAGACCUAACAAACCAUUUAGUUCAGGGGCAAUUAAGAAUGGGCAACAAAUGCGUGCCUUGUUGAUUCACAGCCUCAUAUAAUGCUGACCUUGGUAACGUUGAUUUCAUCUAGCACACGCCCUGUGCAAUGUAUUCUGUAUGCCUCUGACUAAGUCUUUUUGAUCUUUAGAUCCUUGUUUACCAUGAUCUGCCUGUACUGCUCAUAAAUGAAGCUUUUCACUGUACUUUGGUCCACAUGACAAUGAAUCAGGCAAUCAAUCAAUUUUACAAAAGGCUCAAAGCUCUCCUGAUUGGCCUUCCAUCAUGUGCCAACUGUGUAUGAAAGCUUAUCCAAAGCUCUGUUUCCUGUACCCCAACACAAACUAAACCCCCUCUCUUAUCACUCCUGCAUUUACUGACUUUCCACCUCAAGACACUGCCGUAAAUUAGUUCAUCUUUCUUUAAGCAGCAAGGUCAGCUCUUUCACAUCAAACCACUCAGAAUGCCCAAACAACAUGACUGGUGCUCUGCAGGGCUCAUAUUAUCAAGACCUUGAUUGACUUUCAGACUCUGCUCUCCCUAAGCACUAAUAGAGAAGGAUCCAGCCAAAGACAUUAUUAUUUCUUGUCUGUGGAAAAUAUUCAUGAACUCUGGCAUCAAGUCCCAAUUGAAGAAUGAUUAAAGGAAAGAGAAAUGCUUAAAAAGAUUGAAAGUAGAAACGUACCCACAAUUACUACCUUAAUAUUAUGAUUCUCAUCCACAAUGGGCCUGUACAUGAAAUUCUCCAGCCUCCUAUUACAUUUUAAGUAUUCAGAGCCUCAUUAAAACACUUUUUUCUAAUCUGUGUUAAUGGGAACUGCAGAUGCUGGAGAAUCCAAGAUAAUGAAAUGUGAGGCUGGAUGAACACA